AUGAAGGACGAUGAGGUCCUCAUCAAAAUAGCAGCAACCGCACUGAAUCGAGCUGAUACCCUUCAGAGGAAAGGUUCAUACCCGCCCCCAAGAGGUGCGAGCCCUUACCUGGGAUUGGAGUGUUUCGGAACUGUUGAAGCCGUGGGAAAAAUGCUUCCAGGUGGAAAAUUGGUGACCAUGUGGGGCUUAGAGGUAUGUGCUCUUCUUAGUAGAGGGGGUUAUGCUGAGAAAGUUGCCGUUCCUACUGGACAAGUUCUUCUGAUUCCACCUACAGAUUCUCUGAAGGAUGCAGCUGCAUUUCCUAAGUUUGCAUGUACUAAUGUGUUUUACUGUUUUUAUGAUGAGCUGGCUAUCCAAAAGAGAGAUGUUCUUGGUAAAUUUUGA